AUGAAAGAAGUGUUCAAUGACGCAAACGAGCCAGCAGGCUACCCAGUGUACAUCACAAUAGGCGGAAGAAAAUAUACGUGCAGCUCCAUGAUAUUUAAUGUGUUCGUCAAUGCUUUUUCAAACUGUCUGGCAAUAAUCUGCAUUUUCACCACUCUCAAAAUAUCAACCAAGAUACUAUCCAGAUUUGUUACGGUGUAUCCCAAGUGGAACACAUGGUUCCCCAUCAUAAUGACCAUCUGCAUUUACUUAGGGGCUAAUGCACCAGCCAUUUUAUACACGAAUAGAAGUGUGACAGGAUACAGUGAUUAUACUAGCAUCAUGGAACAAGCCAAACAAAUAUUUUUGUCUUUGUAUAUAUUUGCUAUCAAUCCUCUGGUAGCUCUAUACCUAGCACACUAUGUAUACAGCCUGUACCUUGUUUCUUCUAAAUUCGAGUCUUUUCUAAUCCGAGGCUUUGCCAAUGUAAUGUGCUUCUAUGCGCUUUAUAGUGAGUUCAUGUGCAUAAAAAACAGCGACACAUACUUUAAAAUAAAUGAAAGCUCUGAAAGCGCAAUUAUCGACAUAAACACGAAUAAACUCAAACUAAGAGCAACAGCGAGUGGUAUGCUCAUGCUUCUAGGCAAAACAUCAUACGCUGUAAUGUUGUCCUUGAUGUUUGUAUACAUUAUAUCAUCUGAUGUACUCAAUGAGCUAUCACGUCUGUACGAUAUCCUAGAAUCUACUUUCUAUAUUUUCAUUGAAAGUCGAUCAGGAAAUAAAGUAUGA